AUGUCGCUCAAACCAUUCAAAAUUUAUGGCACUCUCCUGGGCCCCAACCCUUUCAAAGUUGCCACCGUUCUCUCGGAACUCUCUCUCCCUUACGAAGUCGUCCAAGUGGCCCGUGAAGAUAUCAAAGGCGAGGCCUUCACUGCUUUGAACCCCAAUGGUCGUCUCCCAGCCCUUGUGGACCCCAACAAGGAUGAUUUUACCAUUUGGGAAUCUGGCGCCAUCGUCAACUACCUCAUCACCGAAUACGACACCGAACACAAACUGAGUUUCCCUGUCGGCACCAAAGAGUACCACCUAACCCAGCAAUGGCUCCAUUUCCAAAUGUCCGGCCAGGGUCCCUACUACGGACAGUGGUUCUGGUUCAAGAAUUACCAUUCUGAGCAAUUGCCGAGCGCGGUCGAACGCUAUGCGAACGAGGUGAGACGAGUGACCGUCGUGUUGGACAAGUGGCUUGAAAACAAGCAGUUUUUGGUUGGCGACAAAUACACCUUCGCAGACCUUGCCUUUUUUCCCUGGCAGAUGUUGGUACCAUCUCUGACAGGGGUGGAUAUUGAAAAAGAGGCUCCGAACGUGCAUCGGUGGAUGGAAAAUAUGAAAAAUAGACCGGCUGUCGCGAAGGUAAUCGAAGAACAAAAGGCUUCCAAGUGGAAUUAG